GAUGUCGUAUUCAUGAUCUAUGAAACAAUGGUUGAUGUAAUGUAUGUAUGUAACUUCGCUGACCGCUGUGAUUAGAGAAUGGCGCUGAGGGUGAAUGUUUUUCUGUUUCAGCAGACGAACGUUUUUGUUGUAGCAGCUGGCUUACGGACCAACAGUAUUCUGCAGAGAAGUGCAUCGACAAAACCUGAGAAGGAGCCAGCAUGUUCAAAGACAGAGAGAAUGGCAAAGAAGCUGAGGGAGAAAACUCCAAUAGGAAAACUAGAUGAACUGGACGCUGGAAAACACCCUUAUCAAGAAAAGGAGCCUCUUCCCCCAUGGCCAGAUAAUACUAACCCUCACACUGGGGAAGUUGGAGGACCUCGUGGGCCUGAACCUACACGUUAUGGGGACUGGGAAAGAAAAGGACGUGUGACAGAUUUUUGAGUUCUAAAUAAUUGGACACAUCAGCAAGUUCAUUGUGUGAAUGAAUGCUUGGCUUUAUGUACAUGUAGAUAAAAAUAAGGGACAUUGAGUAAGUCAUUGUUAAAUAAAAUAUUAAAACCUGUUGAAUUGUUAA